AUCCAUAGAGAGAGGCAAGUGGAGGUGGGUAUUACCUAUUUACCUAUACCAUCCAUGGGCAGGCGUAUGUACAGUGACAACUAGUGUCUCUUCUAUUUGUCUCUUGCGAAGCAAGUGCAGGCCUUCGUUUUCCUUGCCUUUGGCUUCUCACUUUCAUCAUUCGAUUCCGGUAAUCAGUUAAACGGCACCGUCGAAAUCCCCAACUGUCAUUAACCAAAGCGCAUAGAGAAAUCAAAAUAUGGGGACUUUCACUCUUCACUGGUAUUGUAAUCCAUUAGUAUCUCCUUCAACGAUCAAUUCAGCUAAAACCCUAGUUCUCUUCACCUCCGCAAAUAUAAUCCCCAAACGCCUCUCUUUAGCCAAGCGCGCCUCCCAGUUUCAGGUCCUUUCUUCCCCUCCCAAUAGCUCCUCCGGUUCGGUUGAUAACUCCCCCAGCAACUUCUGCAUUAUCGAGGGACCAGAGACAGUUCAGGAUUUUGUGCCGAUGCAACUGCAAGAGAUCCAAGACAACAUUAGGAGUAGACGCAAUAAGAUCUUUCUCCUGAUGGAAGAGUUAAGGAGGUUGCGGGUGCAACAACGACUUAAGAGUAUGAAAGUCAUAGAUGAAAGUGGAGAGGAAGAGGCAAAUGAAAUGCCAGACAUUCCAUCAACUAUUCCAUUUCUCCCUCAUGUGACACCAAAAACGCUGAGACAGCUCUAUUUAACAAGCUUGUCAUUCAUAUCUGGGAUAAUUGUGUUUGGGGGCUUAAUUGCACCUACGUUGGAACUUAAAUUAGGGCUAGGGGGCACUUCAUAUGAAGAUUUCAUACGCAACAUGCAUUUGCCACUGCAAUUGAGUCAGGUUGAUCCUAUUGUGGCAUCAUUUUCUGGUGGGGCAGUUGGUGUUAUUUCAGCGUUGAUGUUAAUUGAAGCCAACAAUGUUGAGCAACAAGAGAAGAAAAGGUGCAGAUAUUGCAAUGGAACUGGAUAUUUGGCUUGUGCUCGAUGUUCUGCGAGUGGUGUUUGCUUGAGCAUUGAUCCUAUCUCCCUCUACAGUGCCUCCGAUCCCCCUCUGCGAGCGCCCACAGCUCAAAGGUGUUCAAACUGUUCAGGUGCAGGAAAGGUUAUGUGCCCAACAUGCCUAUGCACUGGAAUGGUGAUGGCUAGCGAACAUGACCCGCGGAUCGAUCCUUUUGACUAAGGAAGAAAGAGGAGCGGCAGUGUACUUCUUCAUUUGGUUUCUCUGUUAAUAAAGGAUAUAAUUGAACUCAAAACAUUGCUCUCUCCCCUCUUUUUGACACGCCAAUACGGAUGCGCAUACAUGUAUUAAUCAAACAGAUCAUAUGAUAUUAUCUUAAGCAUUGCUGUAA